UACCUCUCACUCCCUCUUUUGACCGUGCACCAUGGCGGGGACCAUCGUACUCAUCGUCGUCGUCGUCGUCGUCGUAACUCCGACGCCCCUCCGCGCGGCUCCAUCCCACCCUGCCUUCGCCGACGAUCCAGCGCCCCUCCGCCGCGAGGAGUACGGCGGCGGGCGCAUCGUGGACAUCAGCCACGCGUACCGUCCGGACAUGCCCGAGUGGGAGUCGGCGCGCGGCAUCGGCCGCUUCCUCUGGCUCCGCCGCGCCAUGGCCAACGGUUCCCUCGCCAACUUCUCCGAGCUCAAGCUCCCCACCCACACCGGCACCCACGUCGACGCCCCGGGCCACUUCUACCACCACUACUUCCUCGCCGGCUUCGACGUCGACACCCUCGACCUCGCCGUCCUCAACGGUACGCUUCUCCACUCGUUUCUGAACGCCGGAAUAAGUUAUCCAAUGACUCAUGUGUGAUUGGACGCAGGGUGU